AUGACGUCGAGCUUCGACUGGUGGCCGUGCCCCUCCUGGGGCGCCAGCACCACCACGCUCUCGACCGCGAACGUGCUCGCAAACCCGACUGGCGUGGCGACUAUGGCUGGGACCAAUCCAAGCUCCGUCACAUCCAAUUUAUCGCAAACACUCACCUUAACUGCGCCUUCCGAAACCGUGCUGCCCACGUCCGCCUCCACCACCGCUUCUGCGCCGUCCUCGCUCAUCCCGAUCAUCGCCCUGUCUCCCGCACGUACGGCGUGCGCAAAGCUCGCGCCACGCAAGCCGUUCAAUAUCGCGUACCUCGCGCCAGUCUUUGCGCUGCUCGGCGCUGCCUUCGGUGCGCUUGCAGCGUGGUUCUUUUCUCGUAGGCUCUACCGUGGACGGGAGCGCGAGACGCUCGAGCUCGGGGGACGCCGAGCGUGUACUCGCCAGUACCUGUGA